CUGCGGGCGUGGGUCCGCGUGUGCGCGCUCCUCCCCAGGUCCCAGUUCGCCCUGAAGUUCCUGGACCCCUCGUUUGUGCCCAUUACAAACUCCCUGACCCACGAGCUGCAGGAGAAGCCCUCCAAGUGGACGUUCAACAGGACAGCGUUCGCACAUCAGAGGCAAGAAAUCCUUCAGCAUGUUGAUGUAAUAAAAAAUUUUUCUUUGACUAAGAACAGUGUUCGGAUUGGACAGCUGAUGCAUUAUGAUUAUUCCAGCCAUAAGUAUGUUUUUUCUAUUAGCAAUAACUUCAGAUCACUGCUUCCAGAUGUGUCACCAAUCCUGAAUAAGCAUUAUAACAUUUGCGCCGUGGUUGGGAAUAGUGGAAUCCUGACUGGAAGUCAGUGUGGACAAGAAAUAGAUAAAUCUGAUUUUGUUUUUCGUUGCAAUUUUGCUCCAACUGAGGCUUUCCAAAGAGAUGUUGGAAGGAAAACCAAUCUUACAACCUUCAAUCCCAGCAUCCUGGAGAAGUAUUACAACAAUCUUUUGACCAUUCAGGAUCGCAACAACUUUUUUUUAAGUUUAAAAAAGCUUGAUGGGGCCAUUCUUUGGAUCCCCGCUUUUUUCUUCCACACGUCAGCAACAGUCACAAGAACACUGGUUGACUUCUUUGUUGAGCAUAGAGGGCAACUAAAAGUCCAGUUGGCUUGGCCAGGAAAUAUAAUGCAACAUGUUAACAGAUACUGGAAAAACAAGCAUUUGUCACCCAAGCGCCUGAGCACAGGUAUUCUCAUGUACACCCUUGCUUCUGCGAUAUGUGAAGAGAUUCACUUGUAUGGAUUCUGGCCGUUCGGAUUCGAUCCCAACACCCGGGAAGAUCUCCCAUACCAUUACUAUGAUAAGAAAGGAACAAAGUUUACGACCAAGUGGCAGGAGUCCCACCAGCUGCCUGCAGAGUUCCAGCUGCUCUACAGGAUGCACGGUGAAGGACUGGCCAAACUCACCUUGUCGCAUUGUGCCUAAGAACCUGAAUCUCCAAGUGCCAAAUCAUUGUCUAAAAAGUGCCCAAAACUGAGUUAAACAUUCUUCAGAUAGAAUUCUAAAAAACAAACAAACAAACAAACAAAUACUAAAAUAUUUUCCAUAAGAUAAAGAUGCUUUUUGAUCACCCUUGUCACUGCUCACCAGAGGGUUUAAGCGUAUUUAGCAAUGCAGACGCAUUUACCAGAUUCUGUGGAUGCUAUUCAUGCAGCAGAAAAGUUGGAAUAUUUUGCAUUUAUGCAUAUGCUACUAAAUAUGUUUUAAGAUAUUUCAUAUUUUAGCAUUCCACUAAACGCCUCUAAAUCUCCUAAUUUUAUUGUUCCAUUCAGAUCAGAAUUCGAAAUGUUAGUUUUAAAAGAGUUCGCUUCUCUUGUAUAUGUUGCUGUGAAUAGUUCAGCAUAGGUAGAUUGCCAUGGCCAAUUGAAAAAGCUGCUCAGAAUUCCAGUUUACCAUCGCUUCCAAGGUCUUUGGUGUGGAUCCUAAUUUCCACAGCUUGCAUGUUUUCAUAUUUACUGAACUUUCCUUUUUUUUUCAGAAUAACAUGAAGAAGGUCAAAAUACGGCCUGUAUCAUAGCUAGGCAUUUAUAAUACUCUUAGAAUACUUCAGUGUUUUAAUUCAAUUUGGGCCGAAUCGUAGUCAAAAUUAGAUGAACUGAAACACUUUCGUUCACAUCUAUGGGGUACUGUUUGGCCCUUUAGUUUUAAAGUUAAAAUACAAAAACAAGCAGUAUUAUUUUUUAUUUUUUUUGCACUUUGGUUCGGUGCUGCAGAGGACACAGCCGCCCCGGUGCCCGCCGCAGCCUGGCGGGCAUCUGUAUCGCGAGCAGGGACGUAGCGGACCGUGCCCACCCCCAGGUAGCCAGACACAGCUCCUCGGUUAGCGAAUAUAACUGCGUCUAGCAGGAACAGAAUAACUGUGAACAGAAUAAGAUCAAAGCCCAAAGUAGUAUUUUUAAAAAUAUAUAUUUUUAAAGAGAAGUGAGUGUAACAGGAAUGCAGGCAACAGGAAAUACAGUCACUCACCAGAUUUUCACAUUCGCAUCUCUAAACCCACAUUCAGGCGACUGAAUUAGUGGCCUCAUUUUCAGGUCACAACGAAACGUUCACUGCAGUCAAAGAAGACGUAGGUUUUUGAGUACCUUUGAAAAUCAGACUAUUUGCUAAGAGGACAAAUUUUAGGGUCACUUAAAGUUUGAAAAUGUUGGCCAGUAUGUCUCAGGAUAAAGGAGUCUGUAAAAUGCCUGUUUUUCUUAUUAAAACAAUUAUACUUAAAAGUAUUUUAACAUUUUUAUAUAAUUCUGUAUUACGCCAAGUGAGACCUGACUAUCCACUGAAAGAAGAUGCAAAAGUGCAUUUUAAAUCAUACUUUAAAAUUCCAGAGUUUCAUUUUUCUAAGGGUCUUUACUUACAAGUAGAUGUAGAAAGCAAGGAAGGAGAUCCCUGGUAUGAUAUAAAAUCCCAAGCAAUGUCGAGUGUCUCCUGGUGCCCGUGGGCAUCCCUGGCGCCCCACAGCUCCGCCGGCCGUUCCCCUUAGGGUUAGGCCUGAGCCAUUCCCUCCCAGCCCCGAUGCCCCUUAAAGCCAUCAAUCCCCACCUUGCAACAGUUCCAAAACGCCUGAUUUCCAGUGCUUGUGGUGGGAAAAAUGACUGUAUCCUCCACGAGACUAAAUUUAGUAAAUGUAGUAUGUCCGUGGCAAUUCCAGCUGGGAGAGACUUCAUCCUGGAAAUACCAGGGAUUUUAAAGCCAUGUAGAAAGUCACCCUUUCUUCCCUAUUUUAAUUAUCCAACAUGUUCUGGCUUUUAUUUUUAAACGGGUAUUUGGAGCUUGGACGUGCUAUGGAAGAAGCUGGGAUGCUCUCUGAUGUGGCAGAGUACAGCCGACACCAACCUGAUGUCAAUGGGUGACUUCAGAUUCGCUUCUGUAGAAAAUUCAUUGCUGCUAAGUUUUCUUUCCCAGUCGCAUCAGUCUGCAUCAGCAUUUCUGCUCUCUUUGGCUUUCCUUGCUGUUAUAGUAAGCCUGUACUCAUCACUAUUCAUACAGCAAAGUAUGACUUCUAGUAAAUGUUAUUACUAAGACAUAGCUGUGUAGUAGUAGUAGUGCAUUAUGCCAUAUGGUGCUAUAUGAUUUAUUAUUAAUAUUACCAUUUAUUAUUUGUGUUGUAGCAGCAGCAUGCAAGGGCCCAGCCGGGGAUCAGAGUUCAGCCGCGCUAGAUCGGCAGCGAGCAAGCAGGCAGGCUGUCCCGAGAGCUCGCGAUUGCCAGCGUCCCCCGGGGAAGAGCCGAGGGCCCCCUUGGCAGAGCCGUCCCCGGCAAGACGCGGCGGCGCCCGCUGCCGGGGACUAACCCAAAAGGCGUAUCGAAGCCAGCAGCGAGGCACUCCUGGGCAAGAGUAAGAGCCGGGGAGAAACACCAGUUGUAGCUAAGUCCUUUGAGAAACCUCUCUUGAGGCACCUGUGGGUAUGGGUUUUUAUUUUUGCAUGUUCCCCCCUCAAAAAAAAAAAAAAACCUAGAAAAAGAGAAACUAUAAAGGAAAGGAAGGGUUCUGCACUAGUUAUUAAUGAAGAGCAUCAAUUAAUCAUUUCCAGUGUAAUUUGCUAUUGAACUGUGCAGCACACGCGUGUUUGCUAGGGCAGGCAAAUCACUCUGCAAGUCACGGAGGUGUGGAGCUGAAAAUGUGCCCAGCAGCCAGGACCCAGCUCUGACUGUGGUCCACCCGCUAGGGAAAGGCCGCGGCUGGCUUCAGGGCUGGGCAGCAGCAAGCGAGGCACCCUGGCUCGUGGGUAGCCCCAGGUGUCUUAGCUGAGAGGCGGGUUAUCAUUUCCAUGGAGGGAGUGAACGUGUUUAAUCAGCGCAUUAAAGCCAUGUGAACGAUUGCCAUCCUAUUUUGCUUGAAUGUCGAGGCCAGCGUGCUCUAUACCGCUUUCAACUGCCGGCUCUCUGCAGUGAGAAAUCGCACUGGCAGAAGCUGUUUGGCUGCUGUGUAUUGUUUACAUGAUAUAACUAGUUUAAAUUUGAUGUCAUUGCAAGUAAAUAUUCGUUAGUCUAAACAAAUGUCUUUCCAUCCACUCAUGUACCAAGAGGCAUUUUUUGGGAUGGGAACAGCCCGCCUGGGGCGAGGUCCUGAGUCCUCGCUGGGGUUUGGCAGCACCUUCACGCUGGCGGCGCCAGCUGCUCUCCCCGACGGCAGCGGGACUGCCAGCCGGGCGCACGCUCAGGCGUGAAACCGAGCCAGUCUGGUACAGAGCUGCGUCAUUUUUAGUGAAACUCAGAGACGAAGUUCCCUGGCGCUAAGCUGACGGGAGUGCUGCCAGGUGCCGGGAUCCCCCGUCCCCGCGGGAGGGCUCGCGGGGCGCGAGGCUGCCCCUCGCUGCCGCACCUUGUUGGAGAAACCCCAGCGGAGCAGUUCUGGACCGACUUGCAGUCUGCCCAAAUUGUGCCUAUUUCCCUGAGUCUUCACGCGGAAGAAAAAAGGGAAGAAAGUUCUGACAGUCUUAGAGUCCUAAAUCAGUCUUUUCUGAAUAGCGCAUAUUUUCUUUCAAUUUCAAAAUUACUUCUUUGAGCACCUAUGUUAGAAGAUUAAAGAGUAGAUAUUAGAUACUGAAACCAAACACUUAAAUUGUCCCCAGGUACUUUUUCAUACUUUUUCUUAACCUAUUUUUUAAAAUUUGCCUUUCUUUCCUAAUCAUGAAAAAGUUACAAUAACUGUCCACAGCUUUUCAGAAGCAGGAUGUGCGUUAAAAGGAUCACAAUGGAAAAGCAUGUUGCAUGCACAGGAGCUUAAUUUAACCUCCUUAAUUUAAGCAAAUGCAGCAUCUCUCUGAGCUCCAUCGCACUCGUAGUAAAGUCAUGCUAUAACAAAAGGCAAAGGACUCCUCCGGGGUAGGGCAGGAGCAGGCGACGGGGACGAGGCGUGACAUCGCCGCUGCGCGUCCAGCCUGGGGGGACGGUGCAGCUGGGCUGCAACUUCACCGAGGCGCGAAGAGGCACCGAGUGCUCAGUACAGAGCACAGAAAUGAUUGCAAAUAUCCAGAAAUGGGAAUACAGAAAAAUUAUUGACAAAGGGCCAUAUUAUAUCAUUGAUUUUUAAGCAAAACUCCCCAUUGAUUUUUCAGAACCACAUUGAACAUUUCAGAAUCAUUGAUUUUAAUGGGGAGUUCUGCUCCAAAAUCGAUGGCGCAAUACAGCCCAAAGUAAAUUGCUUCUGAGUAUCAAUAUUUUUUGCCCGAGUUGUUGCAAUGUGGAAAAUGGUCUUUCAAAUGUGCAUCUUCUGUUUCUGCCUGUUUUCUUAGAGGCUCUUUGAAUUCUGCUUUUGUUGAGAGACUAAAGAGAAAGGGCUGGGGACGGCGAUGGUGAUGCCAGCAGUGAUUGCGGGCGGCCUCUGUCUUCCCAGGAAGGCAAAGACCCUCCUGAUUCCUCCAGUUCAGGAAGGGGCCGCUUCCACGCAUCCCCGUUUUCACACCGUUUAUGCAUGCGGAGCCACGUACCAGGGGCCUCAUCCUGAGCUCCUUGGGAUGCAAGUGCCUUUGGCGCUGCUCGAGGUCGGUGUCGUCACCUCCUUCGUUAGACGCCGGCGGGAAAGGGCCGGCGUCGUGGGGUACCUGGGCUCCCCACGCUGUCAGGGCAGGGAAAUCCGAGCUGACAUCCGCGGGCACCUCCACGGGCCUGGCUCCGUGAAGGACAGCCCAACCAGCAUCUGCGCCGCACAUCGCAGAGCUCUGAGGCGAGGCGAGAUCUGUCCCCCCUCCCACCGCUCCCCACCUUUGUCUUACAGGUCUGAGCUUAACGUCCUUCCCGUGCUGCAUCUGACCCGUGGUGCUCGUAAGUUUGAUUUUAUAGAAAAACGGUUCUCCCUUUCAGCGGGGACAAAGUCCAUGCUCAGGCAUGGCGGAGAGCCCUAGAAGGAGCGGGCGGUUUUGCUUGGCGCCCCUUAAAUCAGAGACAACGGUCAACGAAGGGCUAGAUUUUGCCACUUGCAGUGAGCUGCCGGUGCUUCAUUUCGGGAGUCAGGUGACAGAUUUUGGUUGUGUUUCAUGGAGAGCUGAAAACCCAAAGGAUGCAGAAGAGAAAAUGAGCGAGGAAUAGAGGUUCUCCAAAUCAGCAUCUCUCCGAGGCAGAAACUGCAUUUUCAUUAAAUAUGUGCGUGUGCUCCUGUCUAGUGAAUGUGGCUCCUGCUGCAGGAAGGUGCCAGCUGCAGCCUUCAAUGCUGAGGACAGUAAAUCGCAUCUGCAUUUGUUAUCAUCUUGGCUAGACUCUUCCUUCCUUUUUGUUUGCUCCAAAAUCUUUCUGUCUCUGUGCAUCUAAAUGAAUUCUUGAUGGUUCAGGGAAAAUACUCGCUAUUAUUACUGAAUGUCUAGACAAACAAAUAUAGCUAAAUGAAAGUAUGCGUAAUGCAGUGUAAUCAAUAUGUGUAAGUACAAAACAUUUUAGCUUAAAAAAUCAAAAGGAGUCCUGGGUGCACGCAGGGAGCUGCAUGCACAUCGGCUGGCCCUGCAGCAGCCGUCCGCUCUCCGCGGGCAUCCGUGCAGUUGGGGAUACGCAUGCGUGGGCUCCCGAAGGAGCAGGACAGCACAGGUCAGCAGUUGUGCGCAUCCAGAUGUCACUUCUUGUGUUGGGGAUUGGGCCAUAGAGCAGUGAAAUAUGAAGUAGAACGUGUACAUAACAAUGGAAAUAGGUGUGUCACUUCUUUUAUUCACCUUUGUUUUGUAUUUUAGUUGCUUGCAUCUUUUCAGUGAAUGGUAGCAGGACACGUAAAGAAGUCAUUUUGGCUACCGGUUUUAAUUGUUGAGUAUACCAAAAAGCAAGUAUUGUGAAAUCUAACUGACUGUGAGUGGAGGUUGCAAAAAUGAAUCUUUUAGAAAGCAGAUUUCUGUAGAUGAAUGUGUCUUUAUUCUAAUGACUAUACAGUUCAAUGCCUGAUGGAGUUGUUUUCAAUAAAAAAGAUAAAUAUUUAAAAAAAGAAAAAAAACGCCAUAACUGUAAUAAAGGAUUCCUUAUUUAAUGGCCAUACUAAAAGUAUUAUUUAUUUUUAGUGGCUAAUGUCCGUAAAGGGCCAGAAUACCGUCUCAGGUGAACGGCAUACUAAGCUGCACAUGUUAUGAAAUAUGUUGCAAGCAAAACUGGUGUUUAGUCUUGCUCCCACUUAAGAGGCAUUGCUGGCUUCAGUGAGAUCAGGAUCGGGCCCACAGAAUUACGUGUUUUGUACCAGAUGUGGCGGCACAUCUGAGAUCUGAGUGUGGCCUGCACAGGCUAUUGUGCAUGUAAAUAAUGCUGUCGCAUUUGUGAGCGAGGAACCUGGUUCUUUUUGUAAAGGAAUACUGCAUAUUUGUUGUGACCAUAGUUUGUGGAGAAAAAUGCAAUGAUUCAUUUUGAAUCUUUCGGCAAUGUUACUGUUUGGUGUGAAUGUGCCUGCAACAUUGACUCAUGUGCCAAAACACAAUAUUGAAUGCAUUGUUUUUAAAUAAAAUGUUUUAUUGUGCAUUGAAA